AUGAAUUCCGAUAGAUCAAAUGUACCGUUGAUACCUUCGGAAUAUUAUGCAACAGCACAACCAUCAAACUCAAGUUAUAAUUCAUAUGAAAUGGCAUCCACUUCUUCCACUCAGUUAAAAUCUGACGAUGAUGAUGAAGAUAUUUGUGAAUGUUGUCAAUCAAAUUCAGAAUGUAUUGAAUGUUGUAACAGUUUCUUACAAUUAUUAUGUUGCUGUUGUAUGUUCGUGGAAUGUUUAUCAUUAAUGAAAUAA